GAAUAGCUGGCCGAGAAGAAUCUAUGCGUGUGGUAUAAUAUACUGAGAUCCAGGCAGGGGUUUGGUUUAUAAGGAACCGUUAUUGAUUCCCAGACUUUUAAUAUUAGACAUAGACAUCAAGUCAAAUAAAGAUUAAUUAAACGCCGUCCAUAUACCUACCGAAACGUUGAUUUGGCGGGAUGCUUCUAUUUGGAAAAGGCAUGCAGCACGCCGGACUACAGUCUCCCUACUCUACGGCUGGGGUUUCCAGCAUCCCCAAUGGUUCCAGUCUUGGAAUGGUGCCGUUUCUCGGAGAUCAAAACAACCUGAACUACUAUCGUCAUGGUGGAUAUACUGGCAUGGCCAUGGGAGGAAUGUCGAUGUACGGACCGGAGAAUUAUGCUGUUGCCCGACCCUCCCCGUAUGGAACCUACGCUCCACAGCACCACAUGUCCAAGGAUAUGGUUAAACCUCCAUACAGCUACAUCGCCUUGAUCGCCAUGGCUAUACAGAGCAGCCCGGAGAAACGAGUAACGUUAAAUGGUAUUUAUGCUUUUAUUAUGGAUCGUUUCCCCUUCUACAGGGAAAAUAAACAAGGGUGGCAGAACAGUAUUCGUCAUAAUCUGUCCCUGAAUGAGUGUUUCAUGAAAAUACCCCGUGACGACAAGAAACCAGGUAAAGGUAGCUAUUGGACACUAGAUCCUGAUAGUUACAAUAUGUUUGAUAACGGAAGUUAUCUUCGACGACGACGACGUUUCAAAAAGAAGUUGGCUCAAGCGGAUAAGGACGAUCGGGAAAAACGUGAUUUGGAAGACAAGGACAAGGUUAAAGCACACGAAAAUGGCGAUUUAAAUGGUGAAACAUCAGUAUCCAGCAAUGCCGGAAGUCCUGAUUUAAUGGUCAAAGUUGAGAAGGAGAAUCAUCAAAAUAAUUUGGAUUCAUCACCCGUGUUAUCGAGCACCAAGCUAGAACCGAUGGACUCUCCAAAAAGUGAAUGCAUGUCUGCACCACGCCCACCUACUGCUAACUCUUUACCUAUUCCUCAUGAUCCUAUUGACGGCGGGCCGUGCAGCAAUUUUUCCGUGGAAAAUCUCAUGACAUCGAAUCACGGAGUUUCUAACUGCGAUAUCAACUCUGCUAACAGUUAUAUUACUAGUCGGCCACCACCUUUAGUGUCACCGCAAGUUUUAUCCUAUUCUCGAUCAACUGAUCUAUAUCGUAAUCCUACGACCCAGAACACUCCCUCCACCUAUAACUACCCGUGCAGUGCUCAAGCCGUGUUUCCCAGUGGAUCUCAACAUAUGUCGAUCGCGCAACAAUCGUCUCUUUCGCAAUCAUCGGACGAGGGACAUGGUUGUAACUCACCCCAUGCGUCGAUUCCACCAUCAAAUGGACUUAAUCCAAGUGUAUUCUCUGUGACGCAGCCCAGCUCGUUUCCGCGACAAAAUAGUUGGUAUAUGUCCUCAUCAUCCGAAUUAAAUCACGGUACGGACUUCACAACCUCGCCAUUUCCAAAUGUUCGGGAUAUGUUCGAUUCUCAAAGACUUCUUAGUGCUCAGGGGCAAGGACAAUCCGCUUCAAGUUGUCAACUAGCUUUCCGAACCCCUUAUAAAUCAAGCAACCCAUAUGCAUACGAUUGCACGAAGUUCUGAACUAUAUAUGAUAUGUAACUUGAGAAUAAAUAAACGAUUUAAGCUCGGACUUCAUAUGGGUACAAAUUUUGCUAAAACAUUCAGUUAUUUGGUGUAAAUGUGUCUGUGUAAACAUUGUUUUAAUUUUGACUUAUUCGUGAACUAUAGUCUAUAUAUAUAUAUUGAUAAACAGUAGUUCCGCAGAAAAAAAGAAGUCUCGCAGAAAAGACAGUUAAUAAUUUUAUAUUAUGCAUAUUGACAUAGUAAAUAAUAUAAGAAUAUAUAAAUAUUGAUCGACAGAAAAAGAGAUGAAUAAUAAAAAGUCGAACGACAGUAUGGAUGUGCCGAGAACUUAUAAUGAAACUCCCCAAAAAAAGCUUUCACUCAAAGAUACCAAAAAUGACUCAAUUGUCUGUGAACUCUAUUAAUUGUGAAUCACCUCCUUUUUGUGUACAUUUGGAAUUCAUUUUUAAAAGGUAGGCUAGAUACUUUUCUUCAAUGCAGUUUCAUCACACAUUCACUAUAACUGUUGACUACCGUUAAUAAAUGUGCGUAAACCCCUUUGUAUGUUUAAUAUGUCGGUUAUUUAAGGCAAAGUGUUGUAAAAUAGAGUGUAAAAAUAAUAGGACAAAGUGCUCUUUGAAGAAAUUUUAGGAUUUCUUUAACGUUAUUGUAAAUGUUCCCUGUAUAGACAAAUUUUAAGGGUCACAGACUUUCUUAUUGUUGUUUUUGAACUUGAAUUUUUUUUUUUAGUUCAUUUUUAUUUUAUUUUAGAAAAAAGCCAAAACCCAAUUUUGUAUAAAUUAUUAAUCAGUGCUGAACAAAAAAAAAACAAUAUCUGAAAAUAUUCUCCUUUCAUUUUAUUUAGGAUUCUUAUUUUAAAAAAAAAAAAUCAGUAUUUGAAUCACCCAUCAUUUUGUAUUUUACAUGUAUCCAUCAAUAUUCUUUGCAACACCAGUUCAUGUCUUGUAGGCCUAUGCAUUUAUUGGCACCCAUUGGAAUAAUUCCAUCAUCAGUCACAAUUUUUUUAUUUAGUAAUUAUUCAAAGGCAGUUGAAAUUUUUUUUAGAAUGCAUUGUAUUUUUACACAGGGCUAUUCAGGGUAGAUUAUUACACUUUUAUGACAUUUUAUCAAUUUGUUGUAAAUGAACAGAAAAAAUAUAAUAGAUAAAAUAUAUAAAUUGUU